AACCAGCCACUGUGACUGAGCAUCCAAUCGGCAGCUGGGAGCAAUGGCGUUGCUUUGCAUAAAGCAAUAUUUUGUGUGGGAGAGAACAGAGCAUUUGCAUGUGUGGAGUGAUUAGUGGGUUUGAAAAGCGAGCCCUGGCUCAGCCUCAUUUCCCGCUCUGGUUAAGGCGCAGGGAGGAAGUGUUUUGCUGGAAGAUGAUGACAGAGGAAUUCAAGAUCACACAACCAGCAGCUUCAGUGGAGAAAAACUAUUUUACUGGCAACUCUUUUUAAAGCACCAUCAUUUCAAAUCAGUGCGCUCUUAAACUAUUGACAGGAGCUUUGACAACAAGACAGGAUGCCUCAUAAAGGUCACAGCGGAGUGAAUCAGCUCGGCGGUGUGUUUGUCAACGGUAGACCACUGCCAGAUUCAACCAGACAGAAAAUAGUGGAACUAGCGCAUAGUGGGGCUCGUCCGUGCGAUAUCUCCAGAAUCCUGCAGACCCAUGCAGAUGCAAAAGUCCAAGUGCUGGACAAUCAAAACGUGUCGAAUGGAUGUGUGAGUAAAAUUUUGGGCAGGUAUUACGAAACUGGCUCCAUCAGACCCAGGGCAAUCGGAGGUAGUAAACCAAGAGUAGCGACUCCAGAAGUUGUAAGCAAAAUAGCGCAGUAUAAACGAGAGUGCCCCUCCAUCUUUGCGUGGGAGAUUCGAGACAGAUUACUAUCAGAGGGGGUCUGUACCAACGAUAAUAUACCCAGUGUAUCCUCAAUAAACAGAGUUCUACGCAACCUGGCUAGCGAAAAGCAACAGAUGGGUGCAGAUGGGAUGUAUGACAAGCUAAGAAUGCUGAAUGGGCAGACAGGGACGUGGGGCACACGACCCGGAUGGUACCCCGGUACGUCAGUGCCAGGACAGCCGACGCAAGAUGGCUGUCCACAACAGGAAGGAGGAGGUGAAAACACAAACUCCAUCAGCUCUAAUGGAGAAGAUUCAGAUGAGGCACAGAUGAGACUUCAGCUGAAAAGAAAGCUGCAGAGAAAUAGGACAUCCUUUACCCAAGAGCAAAUUGAAGCCCUUGAGAAAGAAUUUGAGAGAACUCAUUAUCCUGAUGUGUUUGCCAGGGAGAGACUAGCUGCCAAAAUAGACCUACCUGAAGCAAGAAUACAGGUGUGGUUUUCCAACAGGAGGGCAAAAUGGAGAAGGGAAGAGAAACUGAGGAAUCAGAGAAGACAAGCCAGCAACACACCCAGCCAUAUUCCCAUCAGCAGUAGUUUCAGCACAAGUGUCUACCAACCAAUCCCACAACCUACCACACCUGUUUCCUCUUUCACAUCAGGUUCAAUGUUGGGCAGAACAGACACUGCGCUAACAAACACAUACAGUGCUCUGCCACCCAUGCCUAGCUUCACAAUGGCUAACAACCUGCCUAUGCAACCCCCAGUUCCCAGCCAGACCUCCUCCUACUCUUGCAUGCUGCCCACUAGUCCGUCAGUGAAUGGGCGGAGCUAUGAUACGUACACACCUCCUCACAUGCAGACACACAUGAACAGCCAGCCAAUGGGCACUUCUGGAACCACUUCAACAGGUCUUAUUUCACCUGGCGUGUCAGUUCCAGUUCAAGUUCCUGGCAGUGAACCUGAUAUGUCUCAAUACUGGCCAAGAUUACAGUAAAACAUGUGUUAAUUCCGUAAAUGACUAUAUGGACAACAGUUGGAUGUUCAGCAGUAUUUUAUAAAGGAAGAAUGGCUUCUGUACUGCAACUGUGCCCUAUUCUGUAACACAUGGAAAAGACUUUAACAUGGACCUUUGUACACUGAAGGCAUUAUAUCAGUUGGAACAAAUCUUCAUUUUGGUAUCCAAACUUUUAUUCAUUUUGGUGUAUUAUUUGUAAAUGGGCAUUUGUAUGUUAUAAUGAAAAAAAAAGAACAAUGUAGACUGGAUGGAUGUUUGAUCUGUGUUGGUCAUGAAGUUGUUUAAAAAAAAAAAGAGGAAGCCAUGAUCAACAAGUUUUGCCACGAAUUUAAGAGUUUUAUCAAGAUAUAUCGAAUA